AUGCAAGAGAAUAUCGACCCAGAGGGAUUGGUUGAAGAUGACGGAAAGAAGGUAGAGCAGCCAGUUCCUUUAAGUAAGUUGAAAUCAAACAUUUAUCACAAUCUUCCAAAUCCCAUCCAAUCGACUUUGAGUGUACCAGUAAGAGUUGAAGAGCCUACUUUGGAACCAAUCUAUGCACAGUCAUUAUCCAGUAAUGAAGAGUUUUACGAAGCAUCUCCUGUCCUCGAUGAAGACGAGCUUUAUUUCCCCUCCUUGUUUGAGGAAACUAAUUUCCCAACAGUUUUCUUCCCAACUCAACCGCACAUGUCCAAGCCGCUUCAAGAUAAUGCUAUUCUAAACUUGCAGAAAAUACCAAUCAUGUGUAGUCCAAGAAGCUUUCCCUUGGAUAGCGAUCCUGUGAAAACCAAUGAUGUGCAAGCGUUACAUAACAUAUUAUCUUAUGAGUUUAAAAACACAGAUCCCACAACUUCCUCCUGGUGGUGUAGACAAGACCCUUGGUCACAGUUCAUCGAACGAGAUCAAGAACAAAGUAUUCAACCUGCUAACAAAAGACUCAAGGAGGAAGUCAAUUUAGAUCAAAUUUUCAUCAACAUCUACCAAUAG